AUGAUAAGAUUAACAUUUCCACUUUAUUGUCAAGUAACAGUUGUAUUAACAGCUUUGGUUAUUUACCAUGCUGCAAAUAAAUAUGAACAGUUUUAUCCAACUGGUGUUUAUUUGGCAACUGCUAAACAUGCACUUUUGGCAAUUACAAAUUUUGCAGUAGUUUUAGCAUAUUUAAUUGGGAAAUUAGUUAUUAAAGUGUUUUUAGAAAGAAUACACGAAAGAGAAAUAGAUCUAUUAAACGAUAGAUUAAAAACUUCAAUUACAGAUACUAUUUUAGCAUUAACUAUAUUUAGAGAACAUUUUAAUGCACAGUUUGUAUUUUUAUUAUUGGUUUUAUUAUUCUUCCAAGUUUUUCAUUGGUUAGCAAAAUAUCGUGUCGAAUAUCUUGAACAUUCACCAUUUGAUUUCAAAAAGAAUAUCAAAUUAUUUACACUUUUGGUUAUUUUAUUAUUUUUUGAUGUAAUAUUUUUAUAUUUCGCAAUCAAUUCAGUUUUUGAAAAUGGUACACCAAACUCAAUGAUGUUAUUUAGCUUGGAGUAUGGAUUGUUAUUAGUUUCAUCUAUUUCAACAAUUAUUUCAUUCUUUAUCAAUAUUGAAGGUAUUAAAAGAGAGGGUAGAUGGGAUCAAAAAGGUUUAUAUAUUUUAUAUUUAGAAUUUUUCUCUGAAGGUAUCAAAACAAUCUUAUAUGGCAUGUUCUUUAUUGUUUCACUUAUUCAUAUAGGUUUACCAAUUCAUAUUAUUAGACAAUUAUUUAUUUCAUUUAGAACCUUCUAUCGUAGAUUACAAGAUUUAAUUCAAUAUCAAAGUAUUAUGAAUGAAAGAUUCCAAGAUGCUACUGAGCAAGAGUUAGAAAAUUCAGAUAAGAUUUGUAUUGUUUGCAGAGAAGAUAUGACAUCAGGCAAAAAAUUACCAUGUGGUCAUAUUCUCCAUUUACAUUGUUUAAGAUCAUGGUUAGAAAGACAAUUCACAUGUCCAAUUUGCAGAGCUUUGGUUAUU